AUGAACAAGGAACAGCAAAAAGUGACGCAGAAUGCACAUCGAAGCCAAGGCUCGGACCUGUCGAAUUUCAUCAUCCGGCAGCAUCCAGCAGGGGACAGGUACAUCAUCACGGCCAAGAGCGAGACUACUGAGAAAUGCUUCACCCCCGGGAGUGUUCGGUCAGUCCAGAGCACCCCCGGGCGCUUGCCCUCGAACCUGUCGAGCUCCCGGAGGUCGGAUGCUAGUCAGGAUGACUAUCUUGAGUACUACUCCAUCUGGCGAGACAUCGCGACCUCCAAGACUGAGAAGGAGGCAGAGCGCCUGAUCAUGCACGCGAUCCAGACGAGCCCGAUGUCUAGAUAUGUGCAGUCAGAUAUGAUACAUCGAAGGUCCGAAUCGACGAAGAUCACGAAGCCGCCGAAGAAAAUCGUGACGAUGCAAGACAAGAGGAAGCAGAAGCUUGAGAAGAUGAAGAAGGUCUGGAGGGUUGAGGAUCGAGGAGCGCAGAUCAACAACAGUCUGAGCACAGAAGAAUUCUUGUCACGUUCUGACUUGCGUUCACGAGACUCCGUGCGAAAUAAGCAGAUUUCUUCGAGGGCCUCCAAGCAUUCCAGUCAUCGCUCAAGAGAGAUCGAGGACCUUGACAGCAGCGCGUUGAGCUCGAGUCGCAGCGGAAGCAGAGCUAGCAGGAUACCGAGAGGAAAUCAUCCCUCUGAACCUGUUGUUCCAUUGCUCUCUCGAGAUGGAAAGAAAAUGGCAGACAAGGCAAAGAAAGCUCUUGAGAGCAUCGGCAUAUGCAGGCCUCCAACAAGCCGACUCAGCACUCAGGGCUCUCAAGGAGAUCAAUCGUUGCACGGUGAACAAUCUUUGCACGAAGACCAUGGGGCCGGGUUAGCCAGAAGUGAACUGCUCAUCCUGACUGCAGAAGGGCAUCCACAGCACCGAAACGAUACCCUCCACGCAGAUCCGCAUGUGGAUGCGUCGCCCGUUGAGACUUCCGUGUCUUCGGAACAGUCUUUCAGUGAUGGCAGGACUUGGAGGCUCACCGGGCAUGUAACGCACCUAGAAACCUCUUGGGAGGAGACGCCAAGGGGCAAUGUUGACCCCUCGACCAAACCGCGAACAAGCAACAUGUCACCUGCAGACAGCGAGAUGUGGGAGAAAGAGUUGGACGAGCUCUUGGAAUGGACUGAUCAGCUCUGCAGCUUGUAA